CACACAUCAGCAUCAGAAGCUUCUUCCAGAAGUUUCUUCGUAGGGUUACCAGGUCGGCUGCAAAAUCCGAGCACCCCUGUUGGAAAACGUUGUUUCAUGCUGGGCGGUUAUAUGAAAGUGUCAUCAUUUCUCAUCACCUCAGUGAAGAGUUGAAAGUUGUCUACGGAGUGCGACGAGUGAGGGAAGCUAACCUUGACAGUUAGCUAGCUGAGCUAUUGUCCGCAGCAGUCACUUCUGCGGCGGCGGAGCCCGUAAGCUGCCCACGCGUUGGAUGUGCUGGACGUGCCGUUGGCACCGAAGAGAAACCGAAGUGUGUGUAUGUGCUGACAAUGUUUUUGUGAAGUGGAAGAAGCCGAAACUGACCGGUCACUGUAAUGGGUAAAGAUUAUUAUAAAGUGCUCGGAAUAGCCAAAGGUGCAUCCGAAGAUGAGAUAAAAAAGGCGUACAGAAAACAGGCCCUGCGCUAUCACCCUGACAAAAACAAGUCUCCCGGAGCAGAAGAUAAAUUCAAGGAGAUUGCCGAAGCCUACGAUGUCCUCAGUGAUGCCAAGAAAAAGGACAUAUACGACCGCUUUGGGGAAGAAGGAUUAAAGGGUUCGGCUGGUGGUGGAGGCGGAGGAAGCAGCGGUCCCAGCUUCAAUUACACCUUCCACGGAGACCCUCACGCGAUGUUCGCUGAGUUCUUCGGUGGCCGCGGCCCUUUCGAUCAUUUCUUCUCACAAAAUGUGGAGGAUGAUAUGGACAUCCAUGACCCCUUCGAGGCAUUUGGUAUGAGAAGGAUGGGCGGCAUGGGUGGAUUUCACAGGUCCUUUAAAUCCCACCCGGGAGGCCCUCACAGAGCACACGAGAAAAAGAAGGACCCGCCCGUCGUACACGAGCUAAAGGUGAGCCUCGAGGAGGUCUUCUCAGGCUGCACCAAAAAGAUGAAGAUUUCCCGCAAGAGGCUGAACCCGGACGGCUGCACCAUGCGCAGCGAAGACAAGAUUUUGACAGUCGACAUCAAGCGGGGCUGGAAGGAGGGGACAAAAAUCACCUUCCCUAAGGAGGGAGAUGAAACUCCCACCAACAUUCCUGCAGAUGUGGUGUUUGUAGUCAAAGACAAGCCCCACCCGGUGUUCAGAAGAGAGGGCUCGGAUAUAAUUUAUCCUGCCAAAAUAUCACUCAGAGAUGCGUUGUGUGGAUGCACAGUCGACGCCCCGACACUGGACGGCCGGAUCAUCACUGUGACCUCCAGAGACGUUGUCAAACCUGGAAUGAAAAAGCGUAUUGUCGGAGAAGGGCUCCCUAUGUCCAAGUGCCCUGAGAAGAGGGGGGACAUGAUUUUGGACUUCACAGUUAAGUUUCCUGACAAACUGGGCCAAAGCACUCGAGAUGCGCUCAAGCAGGUCCUUCCACCAUAACUUGAAAAACCAAGUCAUCGUUUACAGUGAAACACUUCUGUGCAUUUUAGUCUGGACAGUUGAGGGUCAGGGCAGUUUUUGUUCCGGCUGAAUUUAAUUUGACCUGUUAUCUUGUCAGUUUAAUGAGUGUCUUACGACUUGGAGACUGACAGAACGGCUGACUCUAUGUUUGCAUUCGGAUGAGAUUGCGUAACAGUGCUGUGCAACAAGUGAGUCACAAUGUCAGAUUUAAGGAGGGAAAAGUAGAAGGUGUGUAUAUUGAAAGUCUUGAAAGUGUCAAUAGGUGCUUUGACUGCAAGAAGGAGAAACGAGAGUGUUUACAGUAAGUGAGGAUUUGUUUUCCCAGCAGCACUUUUGGGGCGUGCUUUAAGCAGACAUGGAGCCAUUAACAAUACCUCAGGUGCAGUGACGCAUGCUUGUAGCACGUAGCCAGAGCUACACUCCUCAACAAGGGAAGGACUUCGGUUGCUGUCACAUAAAAUUGAGGUUUAAAUACAGUGUAAAUCCUGAGGGCUAAAAACGUGUGUGUUUUUCAAAUAAGGAUAUGUUGAUGCAACAUGUAUCUGAUUAGCACAAUCAGAUACAUGUUGCGUCGUACCAAAACUUCAUGAAGUGGAUGUGGAAGUGGAAGCGGUGUUAAAUACACGCUCUUCAUUAGUUUCACUCGUCAUCACAGCUGGCCACCAGUUUUUAGGGCUCAUAAAUCUCAUAAAUGGACAAGAACGUUGUGACUGAAAUGUGCACAAGCCUGAAAAUGAUGAUGAUGGUGUAUGGGAGUGUCCACUUCUAAUGAUGAAGAGAGAUGAAGAUGUAGUUGUGUUAUGCUGAAUAAGGAUGAUUCUAGUGAGUUCCACUCAGUGAGGUAACACUACACAGAUUUUAAAUUUAGGAAGGAGAGCACUGAUAUGUACUAAUCAGUACUUGAGUUAAGGUAUCAGGAGAUAAAUCAAAUUGGUGUAUGCCUGGCCUGUCUUGUUUACUUUUACUUUCACUUGUUUUAAUUACCUGUCGGAUUUUUGUGCCAAAUAAUUGUCUCUAUGUAAUUAUUGUGUGUGUGUGUGUGUUUCCUGUCUGACAAGCCACACAAACCUUAAGCUGUUUGGUUUGUUUGUACCCCUUUGAGUUUGCACAGCGUUUAGUGUGUUUCAGUUCCUCCUCAUCAGAUGGAACUCUGUUUGUCUUCAAAGCCUGUGAGUUUUCUCUCUCUCUCUCUCUCUCUCUUUUUUUAAAACCAGCAUGGUAUAAUCCUUGUGCAUCAGUCUGGUACCAGGCCAAAUAUUGCAGAGAUAAAUUUAAGCUCCUAACUUAAAGGCCUGCAGAAUAUAUUUUUGUUUGAUUGUUCUGUCUUAAUUCAUGCCUCCAUAUUGGCACCCCUGCUUUUCUGUCACAUAAUGCAGAAAAUGCUCGUGUUUAUCUCUUUUGUUUGCAUUGGAACAACACACAAAAAAAAAAAACGUGGAUGAAAACAAAAAAAGCCAAAUCUGACACAAACUCACACAGAACUCCAAAAAAUGGACUCCAAAAAGAAAUAAACAUGAGAAUACAUCAGCAUUUGUAAUUGCAGCAUUCUUCUGGGAGAUGUGGUGCAUCAUCGGGCAGAAAUGCAGGCGUGCCAAUAUUUUUGGCCGUGACUGUAGCUCAUACCUGACGACAUUCAUUCCAAGACGUACAGUAUCUGGAAGUCCGUUGUUUGACAGUUCAGUGGGAGUCUUAAAACAAGUAUUGAACUCUGUCAUAUUCGGCUCUGUGCACCUUUGACUGUAAUGACGAGGGAAGUUAUUAAAUCAGAUGGUUUGUAGUUCUUGUUAUUUUUUGAUUUUAAUGUGACUUCAUUCUGCUCCUGUUGGAGUUUUCAGUUUCUAAUUGACACAAACAUGGUCUAACAUGUAUGUAGAGAUAUGUGAUCUCUGUAGUGUGUAACUUUUGUAAUGUUUUUGUCACAUUUUCCUUUUUUUUAAAAGGAAAAAAAAAUGCUAGCAUUAUUUUGUUUCGGCUCCUGGCUUAUGUUGUUUUGACAUUCCUCAGGUUGAGAUUUAAGCUUUUUUUUUUAAAUUUUAUUUUAUUUUUAACAACAAAGCUUUUAAGUAUUGACAGUGUGAGGGAAAAUUAAUAGAGCUUUCCUAUGCUGUGAUGAUUUGCUUUUCAACAUUAAAGAGACUGGCAAAUAUCUAAUCAGUCAUGACAUUUUCCCCCCGCCCUUCUUUCAAAUGGCCGUUAUUUGAAGGAAGACUCGCUGAAUUCUUUAUCUCCACUCUACACAGUAGGUCUUAUGCAAUCCCCUCUUUGUCCUGAAACAAAGGCCAUUCAUCUCAAGUGAUUAUUCCCUUGAUAGUGCAAACGAACUCAGCAUCUCUUGAACACAUUUAACAACAGAAGAUUUAGGUUUUUCUCCGCAUGUCUGCAGUUUCUUUUUUUAUUUCUAUUUCAGUUGAAAGUUAAAAGGCCUAACUGUGUAUUUUGUAUAACAUAUUGGUAUUAUUGUACGAAAAUAAGAUGCCUUUAAAAAUAACACCUCUGCCAGCUCCUUGCA